AUGAUAGUAAUGGAUAGUAAGAUAUCACAACGCGGCGGCGCGCCGUCGUAUUCGCGCUUCCUCGCCGCCUCGGCGCUCUUCCUCCUCCUCACAUGCUGCCACGUGUCGCCGACCCGCGGCUCGGCGUUCAAAGUCACCGACGCGUACAGCCCCGCGUGCGGAAAGCUCAUGACCGAGCCGCCCGCGGAGAGCUUUAAGCGGUGGAGCGACUGGAGGACGUGGGGCGCUUCCGCGAAGGUUCGCGGCGUGCCGGGUACCGGGGCGCGCAGAUGGGCUGACGUCAUGAUCCCGUGCGGAAAGGCUGUGCUGCUGGAUGUACCCGAUAUAAGCGUCGGAAAGUUGAGGAUCCGAGGCUGGCUGAAGAUUCUCGAUGACCCUUCUCUCCCGAAAAUCCACGUGCGCGCGGCGUACAUAAUGGUGUUCGGGCGCCUCACGGCGGGAGAACCGGAUAACCAUUUCUCGAACCGCGUCACGUUCACGUUGUUCCAGAAUUUCAAGGAGCGGCGCGCGCCGUACGCCCUGCAGUUUUACAAGCCCUCGGAUCCUAACAACCCCCGAGAUCUGGGGCACAAGACGUUCGCCGUGGUGGGUGGACAAGUGGCGCUGUACGGCAUGCCGGGGGGCGGCAACACGCCGUCGUGGGUGCGCCUCACCGAAACGGCCGACGCGGGCGCGCGGGCGAUCUACGUAAACGCGGACGUGACGCGGUGGGCGCCGGGGAUGACGAUUGCGCUGGCGUCCACGUCAGCCAAUCUCAACGACGCGGAGCACCACGUCAUCGCGUCCGUGUCCGUCGUCACGCCCGUGUCGGGACCGGGAAAGAGCGACGGGCGGUACAAAAUCAAUCUACAGACGGCGCUUAAGAAGCGGCACGACGGCGAGAAGAUUUCGGACGGGGUGGGAGGGACGGUGGGGAUUUACGGAGAGGUCGCGCUGUUAGAUCGGAAUAUUAAGAUCACCGGGAGUGACGAGCCCGCGCCGUAUCAAUACGAUGGUGGCAACUUCAUGGUUUAUAUGACGCCUACAGCGCAAAAGAUCGUGGGAGUUCAGUUUAGAGCUCUCGGAAACCAGGGUGUGUUGGGCAAAUACCCCCUGCAUUUCCACGUGUGCGGGCAAAAGGGCGCGAACCACGUGGUGCGGAAAAACGCGAUCGUUUUCACGAAGCAGCGAUGCAUGGUGAUUCACGCGACGGGUAACAUGACAAUAGAGGAGAACGUUUCGUACGAAACCAAGGGCCACUGCUACUUGCUAGAGGAGGGGUCGGAGAUGCGAAAUGUGUUUCGGCGGAACCUUGGGAUCAACGCGCGGAAAGUGGACAAAGUAAUCCCGCCGCUGACUUCCAGCCGGUUAGAUUUGCAAACUGACAAGCAGCCGACAACUUUUUGGCUCGCGACGCCCUUCAGCAGCUUCAUUGACAAUGUUGCUGCCGGCUCAGAAGAUUCAGGCUUCUGGCUAGAGGCCAACCCCUACAUGCGAGGACUCUCCAGGCUUCUACCAGACAUCGGGUCAACAGUGCCCUUCUACUACAACUGGGGCACGUGGGACGGCAACCACGCUCACUCCAACGCCCUCUUUGGCCUCCGCACCUACCCUCAUGGGUCGCGGCCGCACUACCCGUCUCCCACCAAGAAUCCCCGCGUCUCCCUUAAAAACUUCCUCGUUUACCGCAACAAGGCAGGAAUGUUUUUCUUCAACAGCGAGCGGCUGAUAGUGGAGAACGGGGUGUUUCUGGACAAUGGCAUCGGCAUCGACUUGAGCCGCAAUGCCGGUGUGCAAGCCAAGGGCUGCCGCUUCAUCGGCCGAACCUCCUCCUCCUGCCCGUCUUCCAAUGCGCUAGCCACAGCCACAGCCCUCACCACCACCACCACCACCACCACCACCGCCACCACCACCACCACCACCACAGCAGGCGAUGCAUCCAACGGUCCAGAUGGCUCCAUCCCUCCAGCCGAUCCCCUCCCAGACAACAACGACACCGCUGCUACCACCCCUCCCAACGCUCCAGACAAUUCCACUUUACCCAGCAAUGACAGCACAGGUGGUGAUGGUGGUGGUGAUGGUGAUGCUACUGCUCCUUCCAACCCCCCUGACAGCUCCAAUUCAGACAGCUCUGUUCCCCAAGGUCCCACCACUCUGUGGCAGCCCUUCACUCUGGAAGCGUCUCUGGGACCUCUUGACCCUAUCAGCAGCAGCAACAAGGCUUUCAUAGGUGCUGGGACAGCAGAGCCCAUGGGACCAUCGCUGCAGGAUCAGGCAGGGACGUUUGCGGCGCCGAUUGGCAUCGCGCUGAGUCAGAGCAACCCGCAGGACCACCUCUACCCCAACUCCAUCCAGGACAGCUCCUUCCACCGCUUUGGCACGUGCAGCAGCAGCAGCUUUGGGAUCGCUCUUGUGGCCAAUAAGGCAGGCGGAUACUGGAACACUGCCAUGUUCAUUAAGGUACUGCCAUGUUCGUUAAGCGUCAUCUCUUUUAUUUGCUGUCCCUUGUUCACUCCGGAUCCCCCAUUCACACAGGGCCUUACUUUUACCGCAGGCACCAACAAAUUCUGGGCGACACCGAAUCCACCUGCAGGCACGCCGCCUCGAGGAGGCCUGCUGGCGCGCUUCUACGCCAUCCGGGAUCUCGACGGGUCGCUCCUCGGCCAAUCAGGCUACGCCGUUGCCAACUACGACCCCAUCCUGCCGCCCGCCGCCGUCCGGCCGGCCAAGUGCGACUUCAAGAGCGCCUUUUCGGCCUAUUCCUGCACCUCCGUCUGCUACCGAGCGGUUGGAUUGGAAUAUGAUGAAUACGGGGCUAGAGCCAACACCUACCGGCCGUUCUCCUACCUGAAAAUCACCCGAAUGGACGACGGUACUUUCUUUCACGCGUACGGAACUGAUAAUGAUGACCCGAAUGGCAAGCCUGCCUCCAGCACGAAUAGAAGGCGCUACUUAACCGCCUCGCUUCUAGCUGGGUAUACCUACCGGAUACAGAUUAUUCCCGCUGACACCAACAGCGACUUUUACCCGAGCAAAAUGCAGCUGAAUGUGUUCGACUGGCAGGGGUGUUCUGGGAGCGUUCGCGUGGUUAUAGACUCGCCGGAUUCACGCAGCAAGUGGCGGGCGGAUGUGCCUACAGUGCCGUGUACUAAUGCUAACGAGACAAAGGUUUAUAAGGAGUACGCGUGCGGGGACGGGAAGUCGAGGCUACGGCUGGAUGUUGGGCCGAACAGCAGCGGCAAGGCGGCGGUUGUGAUGGAGUUGGAUCAAGGCGUCAGCACUGCUUGCUCCUCAGACUCUGGUUGCUCUACCAUCACCUCUGCUGCUCUCCCACCCCUCUCCAUCGCGCCUCUCGCGGACAGCGAGUCAGCGUUUUCCUCCACCGACCCGUUCUUUGACCCGAGCUUCUAUGCCGGGGGAGCAGACGAUCCCCGCACGGUGCUUUGA